CGAAUUUCAGGAGAUACGGGCAUUAUAUUUAUUAAAUAAUAGGGAGCGCGGACUAUGGUUGCUGGCAACCGACAUAUGCUGCGUUCCCGAUUUAGUCGCUGGAUAUCGAUCGGACCCUAGCUUCAAUAUUCGCAAAAAACACCAACAAACAUCAAAACCCUUUACAUUAUUGUGACAUCGCUCAACCUGCAGCAAAGUCAUCAAGACAAUAAGAAAAAAAAAGAAAAGUGGUGAACUUUUGUGAAAAUUGUACGUUAUCAUUGCACAUCUGUUAGCAAUUUCUUGGAGACCAUGAGCUCGGAUAGUUCUGAGGAUGAAAAUCUGGACCUUCUUAGAGAAGCCGUCGAUUCCCAGUUCUUUAAUGAGUCUAUGUUUACCGAGAACGCCAAUAAUGCAGUGAAAAAUAGUGAAAAAACAAUUCAAAAAAAUUUACCUCCAUCACUUAGGAAGGUCCAGGAUGAUGAUGAGCAGUUUAAUUUAUUCAGAGUAACUCCUGAGUUCCAAAUCUAUGUUGCUAAACACUUGUCCAGAGCUUUAGAGGAAAAGUUACUGACAUUAUUAAAACCUAUGAAAUCCAUUGAAAAUUCUAAAGUUAAAAAGCACAAGUCUGGUGUUAAAUUGUUUAGAGACUCUAAAAAGUUCCUUAAAAUAGAAAAAUAUGAUGCAAGUCUAGUUUUAAACAAACAAACCAUUUCUGUAAAACCUAGGAAACAUAUUCAAAAAGUAGAUGAAGAAGACAUCAAAUCCCUUGCCAUAAGCCCAGAAAUAAUUUUAAACAAAACAGAAACUGAACACUGGUCCACGCGAAGUAAAGCUCCAGUUUAUUCUUACAAAAGGGUCAGCAAUGGUACCCUUACUCUAAUUGAGCCCAAAUUUCACUGACACUUAAACUUGCACUGUAACUGGCCAAAUGUCUUCAUUCAGGUUUAAAAGUUCCUAGUUUAGGGUCCGAGCAACCCAAAAGAAGAGAUGAAAAAAUAAUCAAAGCUUUCUCUAUUAAGCCUAUAAAUAUGAAUGGCUUAUUGUAAUAUGCUAAUUGGACAUCCUUUGGAAAGUUUGUUUCUUACAUUUUUAGAAUUAACAUCCAAAAGAAAUUAUUCAAGGCAUUUAAUAUGUUUAAUCCUAAACUUUUAGCCCAAUAUAUCAACAUUUUUUGUUUGUACAAAUGAUUUACCAAAUAAUGUUCAGAAUGUUUUUUUCUUUGCUAAUGACUUUAAAUUCUAUAAGCAUAAAGUUAGUAAAAGUAAAGUUAUUAGAAAAUAUUCAGUCUUUUUAUUUGAAAUUUCCUGAUUGACCACGACAACUACAUCCUAUUACAGAGUUACAGUUAGUUGUCUUGUUUCAUGUUGGUGGCUAAUGUAAUUUUUUGAGGUAAAAUUUAUGAACUAAGCAGCUUUUGAUUUAAUUUUUUGGAUAUGUGGAGUCCAUGUUAAAUGUUUGUGUAUUAUUAUAUUAAGUUGCCUAGUGUUUUCAACCUUUCUCGUAAUAAAACUUUGUUGUUCAUGAAUAACUAUUUUAGUAAAGUGAGUGAUUUGGGACACUAUAAAGGUCGGUUUUGUUGCCCAGUAACGCGAAUAUCUUUUUAAUUUUAAUUGUACAAAACAAUUCGAUAAGUAGUAAGUCAAUAAGACAUAUCAGAUACAGCUUUAGAUGAAAGUUUCAGCUUUUAUUUUUCUAGAAAAAUACCUCAUUACUGCAUUGUAAAUAUAAACUAAUGUGUACAUAUAUAAUUAAAUUGUAUUUGUUAUUUAAGUUUGCAGAGUUUGCUCUUUAUGCUUUACUAUAAGGGCUUUAAUUAAAUGUUUUGUGAUAAAAUUGAGUAUGUGUUUAAAUUUAUACACAAAACCACAAUGUUAUGUGACUAUUGUCUUUAUUUCUAGCAAUGGUUGUAUGAGAUUUUGUAUAAAUUAUUAUAAAUAUAUUAUAUUAUAUUCUGUAA